UCUAAGAAACCUUCAUAAAUGCAGUAGUUUUCACAAUUAUUCAAAUCAAGGCGAUGCUUUAUUUAUGAUUUGCCACAUCACACCUAUGUUUUACAUUUUACCCAUCAGUAUUUCACUCUUUGACUUAUUGACUUAAAAAUAAUCGAAUUUUAUUACCCAGUUGGUCUGGAAAUAUUUUUAUUUCAAGUUUAGCUGUAGCUGGGCUUCUUUAAAAAGGCCUAAAAUACCAAACAAAGCAAUAAAACUACUUUUUAUUUUUUUUUAUUUAUUUAUUAGCAAUUUAACAAAAAAAAUUAAGAUACUGCUUUCAAAAACUGUUUUAAAAUACAGUUUUAAAACAGUUUAAUAGGUCUAAGUUAGUCCAGAUGCCACAUAAAUAGGGAAAUUGGCCUAGUUUCAUUAAUAAUGGUGGAUGCUAUAUUUAAAAAACUGUUUACUAAGCAGGUUUAAUGUUGACAUUUUAUACUCAUAUGUCCAGAAUGCUAAAGAAAUAAGAUAUGGGAAUUUAAUAGAAACCUAAGUAAACCUUUCAGUCUAAUGCUGCUCAUAUUUCUUUAUAUUUUGUGGAUCUGACAAUACCUUCAUUUCUAAAAUGUGAGAUAAUCCUGCCUUUUACAACUUUUACACUUCGCUGUGGAGACAAAUCAAGAACUUCACACAAUCUAAAUAUACAGUUUCCAGCAAGUGCUAGAAACUGUAUAUUUAGAGAUACAGUGAGCUUAUAGGUGAAAUAAAACAUCAUCAGAAUGGUAAAUGUUUUCAGUUAAUCAGUUCAGAAGGGAAACUCGUACAUUAUACUGAUUUAUUAAACAGAGAGCGAAAUAUUUCAAGCCUUUUUUUCAUCUAAUUUUGAUGAUUAUGGCUUUGCUGAUGCUCCUUUUCAUUGAACGACUGCAUCAGUGCAGCGUGGCUCUUUAUCCUCCUUUGUGUAAUAAAUCUACAGUAUAUGAUGCACGAGUUUCACCUUUUUAAUUGAAAUUACCUGAAUAAACUACAUUUUUGAUGGUAUUCUAAUUUAUAGUGAUGACAUUUUUAAAAAAAACUCUAUUAAAAUGAGAUUUGGUCUUCUGAAACCUGCUGUAAAUUAAACUUUAGCUGUUGGAUCUUUUCAUGUUCACCCCCGACUCUUGAUUUUCACCUCCUUCCCUUUAUAUUUUCUGCAGUUUUCGUUGCCCUCUCUCAUAUUUUGCUGCACUCUUCAAUUGGCGCGGCGAUGACGGCUGACCCCGAGCAUCUCCACCAUUUUAUAUUCCAUAUCAGAUCACCGCCUUGCAGAUAAAGCGGAGCAAUUGUGUUUACGAAUCCCCGCAGGGCAUCCAGGCCUUAUUUCUAGUCCACAUCCUCCUUACAUCAUCCUUCAGCGAGUUGUUUCUCAUAACCUUCAACAAAAUGCCAAACAAACAGAACGAGACGUUUCACCGGUUCAGCUGGAGGGCGCUUUAAGAUCCAUGUACAAUAAUAAAGUAGAUAGAAAAGCUCAUGAAAUUAAGUAAAACCUUUUGCAUGAAUGUUGUGGUGGAAAAAUGAAGGAAGGACAGGUUUUUGUAGGUUUACGUUGUAAGCAUAGGACAUAAAUUACACUGCUCUUGUAAUAUAAUGUUGUUUGCAACGACUCACAGAGAGAGCAUGUAAAGGCAGAAAUGUGCUUGAAGUGCACACAAAGUCCACAACAGAGACUCUGCACAAACGCACAAACAACCACAAGACGUUGUUCAAAUUGUUCACAGAGCCAUCUAAGGAGAAAGAAGAUGCUGCUUUUGCAAGCCUCUUUUAUUUACUACCACAAUGCUAAAUUUUCUUUUGGAAAAAGCUAAUCCCAUGCUAAAGCUGAAGUAAAACUGAUGUAGACAAUAUAAAAACCUCAUAUCUGUCAACCUGUACCAUGAGAAAUUAGCUGCUUUCCAACUAAGUGUCUAUUUUUGAAUUAUUUGUACACACUUUACGACUCUAUAAUGAACUCCGGCAUCUUUUCAUGGACUAUAUCAUUUUCAUAUGCUAAAGUUUCUGAUACUGCAGUGCUACGAAAUUCUAAUCAGGCAUUUUAGAAACUAAAACUUGUACUAUCUGCUACCUCAAGUUGACGUCUGUGAUUUAUGUUGACAUGGACCUGGGAAUACUUUACCACUAAUUACGUUCCCGUUUACUUCUCUGCCCACUAUAAAGGGAACUUGGUAUGAGUGAGUAAAGUUAUAAAUUAACAUUUCCGACACAGGAUAUCUACAACUCAGGCAGCGCACGAAUCCUGCUGGCAAGAAGAUGCUCAAGAAAGAGUAAAUAAAGUUAGAUAUUUAUUUUUUAAGAUGGGAAGAGAUUGAAAGAUAUAAAUAAUAGAUGGAGGCACCGGAUGCGCUGCUCCACUUAAAAAACCUCCCAGCUGAGUGUUGAACCCUUCAGAUAAAUCAAUAAAUAAUCCACAGCCACAGACCUUUUCCUUCAAUGCUGCUUGGGACUCCAGUGAGACCAGCCCUUCAAAAGCACCAUUGAUUUGUAUAUAUUCCAUUAAUAGGAAGGUCCUGCAGAAAUAUACACAAUAUACGUGUCUUAUCGCGAACAUUUCAGGCAUACCAUAUAGAGAAGCUGGUAUGUCUGAUAUCUCCAGAUGGCAUCCUAAUGAUUGACUUUAUUAAAUCCAGCAUCUAAGCAGGAAGGCCGCAUUGCUGUAAUGGUAACCUGUAUUUGGAUGACCUUGAACUAUGUGGAGUAUUUUUGUGUCGUUGCGUGGGUCUGUGGAUGUGUGUUUGUGGGUGGGUGAGCGUGCGUGUUUGUGUUGAGUGGGGGCGUAUAUGAGCACGUUUGUCACCUGGAGGUGGGCAACUGUAACUGUGGCGAGAACGGUAGAAGGCCUGCGACCCUUCUUGGCAGCCAAGAGCCGCAAAGGACCUUGGGAAGGCCGCAGCAGUCCCAGGCUGACAGACACAAGGCAGCGCCCCAGGGCAGCUAUGGAUCCCGCACAGAGCCUUACCGGAGUUGGACGAGCUGACGAUGGAGUGCGUUCUCGUUGAGCUGGAGAGCGUGUGCGAGGAAAAGAUGCAGCAGGCCAUCGAGACGGAGGAAGGCCUGGGCAUAGAGUACGAUGAGGACGUGGUGUGCGACGUGUGCCGCUCGCCAGAGGGAGAGGACGGCAACGAGAUGGUCUUCUGUGACAAGUGCAAUGUCUGCGUUCAUCAGGCUUGUUACGGCAUCCUGAAGGUACCGCAGGGCAACUGGCUGUGUCGGACCUGCGCUCUGGGCGUUCAGCCAAAGUGUCUGCUUUGCCCCAAAAGAGGGGGGGCCCUGAAGCCCACCCGCAGUGGAACCAAGUGGGUCCAUGUCAGCUGUGCCUUAUGGAUCCCUGAGGUGAGUAUAGGCUGCCCGGAGAAGAUGGAGCCCAUCACCAAGGUGUCCCACAUCCCCGCCAGCCGCUGGGCUCUGUCCUGCAGCCUGUGUCGAGAGCACACGGGAACCUGCAUCCAGUGCUCCAUGCCCUCCUGUAUCGUGGCCUUCCAUGUGACGUGCGCCUUCGACCACGGCCUGGAGAUGAAGACCAUCCUGGCCGAAAACGACGAGGUGCGCUUCAAGUCCUUCUGCCUGGAGCACAGCUCCACUACCGCCAACAGCGCGCCCAGCGUGGCCAACGUAAACCACACGGUCACUCCGAGCACCAACGGAGCGGCCAGACCCGACUGGGCUCCCGGCUCUGAACUGCGGCCAGAGCUGCACCACGAGCUAAACGUCUGCGGCGACCCGGAGCAAAGCAGAGUAUCUCACCCAGUCUCGGUGUCGGUGUCGGCGUCCGAGAGAGCCGAGCGCGACCAGCUGGAGAGAGAGAAGGUGAGCCAGAGGAAGCAGAAGCUCCAGGAGCUGGAGGAUGAGUUUUACAGACUGGUGGACCCCAGCGACGUCGCUCAAAACCUCGGGCUGCCGCUCUUACAGGUGGAUUUCUUAUAUCAGUUCUGGAAGUUAAAGAGGAAGGGAAACUUCAAUCAGCCUCUGGUCACUUUAAAAAGAGACGAGGUGGACAACCUGGCCCAGCAGGAGCAGGACGUCCUCUACAGACGACUCAAACUCUUCACACACCUCCGCCAGGACCUGGAGAGGGUGCGUAACUUGUGCUACAUGGUGACACGGAGGGAAAAAAUGAAGCACACCCUCUGCGACCUCCAGGAGAAGAUCUUCCACCUGCAGAUCCAGCUGCUAGAAGAAGAAACGGCAGGAGAGAAAACCCAGAAGGCAGAAAAGAGGAAGCAAAACGGAGUGAAGGAUAAAAGAAAAGAGAGAAGGAAGCAUAGUACGGGCAAGAAAAAGGAGAGAUGGAAGUCAGAGAACGGCUCCCUGCUGAAAGAGCUAGGCUUGUCAAAGUCAUUUCCGUUAGAAAACUCUUUGUUCGACAGCUGGCUGGCCAAGUCAGUUCAGAUCACGGCUGAUGACAUGCUAAGCCAGUGGGCUCUGGGCGGCCAGCAUGACGACAAAAGCAGCAGUCUGCUAUCUGACCAGCUACUGCAGGGCGAGGAAAGCCUCCUGAACCUUAUGAUGGAGAACUCUAUGCAGUCUGCCUGGAAAACACCUCAGCUGGGCCGCAAACCCAGGGGGAGCAACAGACCCCGUUCCCGAGGACAAACGACCGCGAGCACCCAGCCCCUUUUCGGAACAGCUGCCUCUGCCACCAGCAGCCUCUCUACAGCAAAGGGCCUCUGGGAAAAGUCCAGCCAUAUAGGCCGGCGAGGGGAAAAGCCAAGAAGCUCCUCCAAGACCGUGCACCACCAUGUUCAUCACCACCAGACCAGGAGCUCUGACCUGUACGGUGACCCACCGCCACAGCCGCCCAUCUCCAAAAUGGAUUCCUGCCACAUCUCCGAGGAGCGUGGCCCCUGGGACAGCGUCCACAUGGGAAACGGUGUUGGGUCUGGUUUUACAGCGAGCUCUUCUCCACUUCCAGCCUCCAGUCCUGGAAUCACAGUGCCUGACGCUGGGGUGAUCCUCCGAGGCGGGGGUCCACGGUCCCGCAAUGCCCGUCAGGGUAAAUCAAGAGUGAGGGGAGGCGUUGGGGACCUGGACUCCAUGGACCUGCCGCUCACAGGGAAGGGCACGUCCUUGCUGGAUGCUGCUGACACUGAUGGGUACUUCUCUGAUGGCGAGAGCGAUUUGGAUACGCGCUCUGGUGGGCGUAAACUUCGGCUGCCGCGGUUGCAUUCUGCAAACGAGGAUCUACUGAGGAGGAGCGUACUGGCGUCCUAAACAACUCAGACUCAAAUAGUCACACAAAGGAAGACAUCAACGCGGACUGAUGGCUGACCAGCCUUGUUAAACCAAAUCUGUCAUAUCCAUCAGUGGUGACUUGUUUCCAGCUCUUACUCUGCGUUGUUUUUCGGGAGGGAGGGGGGGGAUCUGAAUGUAGCUGUAUGCUUAUCAUACAGUAAAGCUUCUCCACUGGACCACAGUUCGUCGUUAGCUGAUCAUACAGUACUCUCAACAGAUAGGAAACAAACAUAACCAUUCGUCUUUUGUAUAUUUCCGUUUAAUUUCGUUUCGGAGCGCUUCAGCACCCAGUUCCGGCCUCAUGUCUGUGGCAUGCUUCAGACUUGGGAACAAACACUUUGGGGCAUUAUUGUUCUUAUUACUCACAAUGGCUUCAGGGUAUGCUUUAUUCUUGGUCUUUACGGUCCAAGCUGCAUCCAAUGAGUCCUUGUUUUCUUGAAUAUGUUCAGUCAAAAGACAAUUUCAUACCAGAGUUGGCAUGAAUAUGUGCAGAGGGCGGCACAGGACAGCAUGUACUCAGCCUUGAAAAGCACAACUAACCAGUCACAUGAGCUGUCAUGGAAGCACUUGAGUGUAUAAUAGAUGCUCAUUCAGGGCUGGGGUCGAUUUUAUUCCUGUUGACUCAGAUGCAGAAUCCUAUCAAAUUUAUAAUUUUCUUACUGAGCAAAGAUUGACCCCAACCCUGCCGUUGUGUCAGACUGUCACAGAGACACAAACACACACAUAUACACUCAGAAACAACUAUAACGAUAUCUCUUUGCUUACAUCUUAGCGUUGUAUAGAUAUUUGAUCUGAUCUUUCCUCACUGCUGUCCAAAUCAAUUUUUAUCCCCGCUAAAUCUUUGGAAAAAAUAUCAUUGCAGAAACUUUGUGCCUUCCGUCACUUCCCGUGACCUCCCCAGAAAACAAUCAAUGAGUUAAUCAAUCAGUCGUCUCGCAAUCUAAAUUCGUAACAAUCAAAGCAAAACAAAAUCCCACUAGAUCGGUUGCCAUGUGUAGCCAUUGGGUGUCUUGUCACCUUAAUAAUUGAAUAGUGCCUAAAAACAAAUUUAAAUACGUGCGUUUGCCUUUUUUUUUUUUUUAACCAAUGCAUCUGCAGCACUUUGCAAAGCAGAGCCACACAGCACCAUGAGUGCUGCCUACUCCUAUGAGCCCCCCUUGAAUGCAUCACUGCAGCAGAGAGCCAUUAAAAACAAGUGCUUGGCCAAGUUACACUAUGUUCUAGCUUUGUGGACUCCUGCAAGAUAUCUGUUGCUCACGGUUGAUCCGCUGGGAUAAAAACAGCUUUUCAGAUUUCACUCUGUGCUCCUUCAAGCCUCUGUUCUCUUUUUAUACCCAAAUAAGUUGGGUGUUGUAAUUUAAAAACUCCAGACAUAGUCUAUAUUAUGGACUUGGGAGGUCAGCAUCAUUGAUUUUCAGUCGAGAUGCUCCGAUCAGAUAUUUUGGCUGAUGCCUGAGUGAGGUCCCAUUUUUGCAAAGCAGCUAAAACUGCUGAUGCAGAUUUUAGACGACUCCUGUUUAUUUCAUAUGUAUGAAAAGCUAUAAGAACAGCAUUCAAAAAUAUUUUAAGUCUUCCUGGCAAGAGCAGUUAUUUGUAUUCUGUGUAUGAAAAAGUCACCGUAGAACAGGCUUGUACUAAUAUUUUAUAACAAAGAAAAUGAUCACGUUUAAAAUAUUAGAGAUUAGCAUCCAUAAUGAUUGACGAUAGAAAAUGGUUCAAGUCCUCUUCAUUCAGUUACAGCCUCCACACUGAAGAUUGUUGCUGUUAGCACUCAAGUGUGGUCUGUCGUGGGCACAGCUAACCAAAAAGUUAGCUUCACUUACAAAAAUACUAGCUUACCACCGCUAAAUAAAUAAGGAAAUUAGCAGAAGCUAAUCGACGGUGGUCUUCAGACAAAAGAUGCUCCACACGCGCAGUGCUGCAAGUUUGAGGGAAAAGCUGCUUUAUUUAAGGAUGAAUUAUUUUAAAAUGUAAACUGUCAAUCGCUCAGAUAAAUGCUGCUCUGGGGAACAUAUCCUGUUGCAUCAUCUUCUGUUUUUAUCAUGUACAUGCAUAGUAAGCCAAUAACGUACCUUCAUUUGGCUGCUGCUUCAUCUUGUCAACGUUGUUAUCAGACUUAAUAGUUAUCAGAACUUAUAAUAGUGGAAACUAAUUGAUCCGUUAACAGUUUACAAACGUAGCGAGAAUGCUAAUCUUCUGAACGAAAAGUUAGUUCCACUAUUAGCCGCUUGCGGAUUAGCGGGACUGUGCCCAUGACUCAGUUUGGUGCAUUCACCGCCUAAAAAAAAAAAUCAGAUUUCGUGUCUCUGGCAGGCCAGCCAUCAUUAAUUGUUAAAAUCUCUGAUUUAGACAUUUCUAAUUUUCUCAUUUCAAAGCAUAAACUGGUUACUUCAGGCCAUUAUGUGUAUCUAUGCACUUAGUCAUGUCUGGUGCCGGCCUGACUUGACCAAGCUCUUGUCGCUAACGGCUCUUCUGCAUGCACGCCACACCUAAAACAAAUGAAGGCAAAGCAAGAAUCAGCGCCCAGCUCUCCUGAGUUCCCAAACCGAGCCGUUUCAUUUUAGAGCAAAUCUACAGAUCUUUUGUCACUAUCCAAGAGAGUUGUAUUUUGUACUCAAGAAGCAGUUUGUGGUAUUCUCAGGGGUUAAAGAAAAACUUUUAAAAAGAAUACAAGAUUUAAAAAAAAAGAUGUAUGUAAAAUUAUAUAUAAUACAUAUAUAUCUAUGUAAAGUGAGGAGUGUUUGAUAAGAAACUUUGUUUGGCAAGUGUCAUAGUAUGAUUUCCAACACCACUACUACUGAGCAAGUGUCUUCUCUGAGUGUGACCAUCAGGCCUGGGCUCAGCAGUUCUAAGGAUUUAUGUUUAUUAGCCGAUACACACAGGUCAUUAGCAGCUGAGUGGUCAAACACAGCGUGAAAUCUCUUUUUACUCUCAUCCCGCUCCUUUCAACCCAAACCGUGGAGAAAUAAAGCAAAACUAUUGAUCUGUAAGAGCUGCUCGACCCAGGCCUGACACACAGCCUUUAAGUAGAGAUAAAUGUCCAUCCUGCUCUGUUUUUGUUUCUCGUUCCUCUGUACAGACGCGAUCUAACUGGUGUUCAACAAUGACCAUGCCAAAGAACAGAUCUUUGUAUCACGGCAGCAUAUUUUGCAUCUUGUCUACACAAACACACAUACAUGCACUCUGUCUCUGGAUUGCAAGGUAAAGUGAGUUUGAUAAGGUGCCGGACGGCUCAGCCGGUGACGUCCAGGUCAGCGAAGGUUUAUUCCAGCUUAGUUACAGGCGCACCGCUGUGGUGUUGUGUUACAACACACUUUACCGGGAUUAUCCCUGAUCUACAUUCACAGGAACUGAUACAGCCAACUGCUGGCGAUGGUCACUUAACACACACAAAUUUAGUCAAAACAGCCAAAUGCUGCUUUAAAAUGAACAUUCAACACGGCUCCUGCAACAACAAAUGCACGGGAUCACACAAGCUGGUGUAACAGGGUCAUAAAGUAACAGAUGAAUAGUUUUGUAUGGAUAUGUGGUCAUGACUUUACUCAGAGAGAAACGCCCUCUAACGACAGAGUUUUAUGACAAGUGAUGGCACUGUGUCCUUUUUGUUCUUCAGGGGUAACCGUCGUAGGCGAUUUACAUGCUUGUGCUGAGUUGUGAAAAAAAAAAAGAAAAAAGAAAAUCCUUAAGCAAGUUCUGAAUUUGUACCAUAAGCCUGGAGGAUUCUGGACUUCCACGUCGGCUAUUACAAAUGAUCAUUACGACACAGACGCGCAACAGCAACAACUAGAAAAACAUGUUUUUUGGAAGUGAGGAUUUGGUGGAGUAGCAUUACAGUCUACGGGAUCGUCCUCGGGGUGUUUGUCACCGUUCAUGAGUCGCCAAGACUGAUAAAUGUAAUCUUGGUUUCAAUACUCAAAAGUAGCCUGAUGUUGUAGACAGUGGUAUUAGAUAAGGCCUGACAUGUACGGCCUAAACAUGUAGUAGCAAACGCUGAGGCUGCACAGUACGAACAUUGAAGUAGAACAUCGGUUCAAGGAAUUUCACUUUUAAAAAUUAAAAUCUGAAACCAAUACACUGAUUUUUAUUUUUUUUCCAUCCAUUGUUGCUGUGCAGCCUUAGCAGACAAAAACUGGUUUAUUAUUCUGUAUUUACAGUGUGGCUUCAAUGCCCUCUCCUUCCGCUUCGUAGAGACUGUAGACUUGACUUUUUGCAGGUUUUUGUUUUUAUCAGUACCCACUAGAAUACAGCUUCAGUGUCCUCUGUGUGGUAUGCUGGUGUGGGGCGCCGGCCCAAAGCCCUAAACAUGCCCCGGUUGAUCUUUGAGUUUUGCAACUCCGGCAGGUCAAAUUUCCACAUGAUGAGAGAUCUGGAUUUCAGGUCCUCCAGCUUCAGAAUCAGAAUCAGACAUACUUUAAUAAUCCCAGGGGAAAAUUGUUUCUUUGUGGGUUAGUUCUGUAAACUCAGCUGUGAUGUGGGAAGCCUGAUCCAUUAAA